AUUUUGGUUCAGAGGUACAGGGAAGCCUAAGGAUAUCUGUGGACAAAAUUGAAGCAAAGGAAGCGUGUGACUGGUUACGUGCAGCUGGAUUUCCCCAAUAUGCUCAGUUCUAUGAAGAUUCCCAGUUUCCCAUUGACAUUGCUGCAGUAAAGAAAGAUCAUGAUUUUCUUGACAAGGACCUUGUAGAACCUCUUUGCAGACGACUGAACACACUGAACAAGUGCGCCUCAAUGAAACUCGAUGUGAACUURCAAAGGAAAAAGAGUGAAGAUUCAGAUGAGGAAGACCUCUGUGCUAUCAGUAAUAAAUGGACUUUCCAAAGAACCAGCAAACGAUGGUCUCGAGUGGACGACAUUGAUGCUUUGUUUCACCGAUCAGACAGACAUGGGUCUUCUGGGGACAUUAAAAUGAAAAAUACAACAAGCAGUGAGAGUGUCCUUACAGAUCUGAGUGAACCUGAGGUUUCAUCUAUUCACAGUGAGAGCAGUGGGGGAAGUGACAACAGGAGUCACUCUGGCAUCAGCAGCACUGUCAGGGAGCUCUGUGACUGCUCUGGCCAGCAUGAUGUAGAAAACACAGUUCUGCAAGACUCUACUUCAGUAAGCAUUGCCUUGGCCCCCAAAGACAACGUGAAGAAUGAGAAACCAACACGAACAAAAGCAAAAACCUUUCUGAAACGUAUGGAGACACUAAAAGCAAAAGGUGUACAUGGAAAGCUAAAAGGCUCAGGAAGAACAGGUCCUUUAGAGAUAAGUGGACCUGUUCUUCAGUAUGAGCCCAAGUCCUUGAAAGACAUGCACUGUGUACAGAUAGUCAAUGGUGGUCUCCAAAACUUAGGACAAGAUUCAGUGAAAAGAGGACUCUCCUUCUCUGCCAAAUCCAGCAGUGACAGCAGUCAGUCUGAAAACAGCAGCAGUGGGGUGAGCACACCAUGUUUGAAGGAACGCAAAGGUCAUGAAGCAAACAAGAGAGGUGGGAUGUAUUUGGAGGACCUAGAUGUUCUGUCAGGAACAGCUGUACGGCAAGUGGCAGACCAAAACAGAAAAAAUGAAUUUCAUUCCCAAGAGAACUUGGUUGUACACAUUCCCAAGGAUCACAAACCAGGGACCUUCCCAAAGGCACUCUCUAUUGAAAGCCUUUCACCUACAGAUAACAGUAAUGUAAACUGGAGGACAGGCAGCAUCUCCCUGGGAAAACAGAAUUGCUCUACUCCAAAAGAAGCUGGAUUGAUAGCUUGCUGUUCAAAAGAGAGCAGAGUUAGUAUUUACGACAAUGUGCCAGGUUCCCACUUGUAUGCUAGCACGGGGGACCUCCUGGACUUAGAGAAAGAUGUCCUUUUUCCUCAUUUAGAUGAUAUUUUGCAACACGUCAAUGGACUCCAGGAGGUGGUAGAUGGCUGGUCAAAGAAUGUGUUGCCAGGUCUUCCAGUUGAUGACAUGUCCAUGAAAGAAUCUCCGUCAUUGCCUUUCCAGUCACCCACACAGAUAACACUUGAUUUUGAAGGGAACUCUGUCUCUGAUGGCCGGACCACACCAAGUGACAUGGACAGAGACGGAACAUCACUGAAUGAGUCAGAAGCCACCGGUGUUAGGGACAGGAGGGACUCUGGGGUAGGAGCAUCUCUCACAAGGCCAAGCAGGCGGUUACGGUGGCAUAGUUUCCAAAUUUCUCAUCGGCUGAGUCACUCCAUAGCAUCACUUCACAUCAGUAAUCAGUCAGCAGCCCAACUGAAUCUACUACAAAAAUUCUCUCUACUUCGUCUUACRGCCAUCAUGGAAAAAUACUCCAUGUCAAACAAACAUGGUUGGACCUGGUCUGUACCAAAGUUCAUGAAGAGGAUGAAAGUCCCUGACUACAAGGACAAGAACGUCUUUGGUGUGCCCUUGAUAGUUCACGUCCAGAGGACCGGGCAGCCUCUUCCCCAGAGCAUACAGCAAGCACUGCGCUACUUGCGCAGCACUUGUCUAGAUCAGGUGGGUCUCUUUCGAAAAUCCGGAGUGAAAUCCCGAAUCCAGGCCCUGCGGCAGAUGAACGAAAGCUCCCCGGAAAAUGUCUGUUAUGAAGACCAGUCGGCAUACGACGUGGCAGACAUGGUGAAGCAGUUUUUCAGGGACUUGCCAGAACCUCUCCUCACAAGCAAGCUAGGAGAGACCUUUCUACACAUUUACCAGUAUGUCCCCGCCGAGCAGCGGCUGCAGGCGGUGCAGGCGGCCGUCAUGCUCAUGGCAGACGAGAACCGGGAGGUCCUGCAGACCCUGCUCUGCUUCCUCAGCGACGUCACCUCCGUGGAGGAGAACCAGAUGACUCCCAUGAACAUCGCCGUCUGCCUGGCCCCUUCCCUCUUCCACCUGAAUAUCGUGAAGAAGGAAAGCUCCCCAAGAGUGAUACAGAAAAAAUAUGCAACAGGGAAACCAGAUCAGAAGGACCUCAGUGAAAACCUGGCAGCUACUCAGGGACUUGCUCACAUGAUAAUGGAAUGCAACAAACUUUUUGAGGUCCCACAUGAGAUGGUCACCCAGUCUCGAAACUCCUACGUUGAUGCUGAAGUGCAUUCUCCAACUCUGGAAGAACUAGGGAAACAAGUGGAUGAAGGAGGAGGGAACUAUCAGAUGUACCUUGAAAGUCUCAUGCAGACUCUCCAGAAAGAAGCAAAAGAGAAAUUCAAAGGAUGGGUCACAUGUUCCAGUUUAGAGAACACAGAGCUUGCCUACAAAAAGGUUGGGGACGGGAACCCCCUACGGCUCUGGAAGGCCUCUGUGGAAGUUGAAGCUCCCCCAUCAGUUGUCCUGAACCGAGUGCUGAGGGAGCGGCACAUCUGGGAUGAGGACUUCUUGCAGUGGAAGAUUGUUGAGAGCCUGGACAAGCAGACAGAAGUUUACCAGUACGUUCUGAACAGCAUGGCACCUCAUCCCGUCCGAGACUUCGUGGUUCUGAGGACAUGGAGGACCGACUUGCCAAAGGGGACGUGUAUGUUGGUGGCCGUCUCUGUGGAGCACGAAGAGGCCCCUCUCAUGGGAGGCGUGCGAGCCAUCGUGAUGGACUCCCAGUACCUAAUCGAGCCAUGUGGCUCAGGAAAAGCCAGGCUGACCCAUAUCUGCAGAAUUGACCUAAAAGGACAUUCCCCAGAGUGGUACAACAAGGGCUUCGGACAUCUGUGUGCAGCAGAAGUCGCCAGGAUCAGAAACUCCUUUCAGCCUUUGAUUGCCGAGGGACCAGAAACAAAAAUCUGAGGAAACUUUCCUGGAAGUGUGUGAGCAUAAAUCAGGGUAUGGCAGAGUAGAAGGACUCACAGCAAAGACCUUAUUUAAGCGACCUGCAAUAGAAAUCUGAUUAGACCUGGGUCUGAACAAAGGUGAAACAAGAAUUUUAUAGGAAGGUUCUUUUAUUCUGGAGACUUCACGUGCCCUCACCACAGCCUUCAGUUAUUGAAG